AUGACCCUCGCAGUCCUACUUCUCGUGAAAUAUCUGCUUUCCUCCAGAAAGGUUCCAUCGGUCUCGGUCGGACUCCCUAUUUGGGGCAAUUUGGUUCAAUAUAGCAAAGACCCGGUGUCGUUCAUUGCUACCGCCACCAAAAGCUAUGGGGAAUGCUUCACCGUGCCCAUGCUACUGGGUCGAACCGUCUGGUUGCGUAGUGGCCAAUUGAACAAGGAGUAUUUGGAAACUCGUGAGGAUGUGUGGUCCUUUGGAGACGGGAUGGGCUUCUUCCUGAACAAGAUCGUCAUCCCCGGAUAUUUCAGCCAUCUUCGCACGUUUGUUGGCUCGUUGAGUAAAGGAAUCUCGCGACAGGUGACUCUGGAUGAGUACGGUCGGAUUGCACAACAGGAGAGUAUCAAGUCCAUUGCCAGUUGGUCUAAGGUUGCCGAACGAGGGCAGUCCAUGGAGUUGUUCGAGGAAGUCUCGUUCCUCGUCCAUAAGAUCAUUGUUCGCUGCCUGAUGGGCCCGGACUUUUACGAGCACCAUGUCACGGAGCUAUUCGAUUUGCUUCAUUCCAUGGAGGAAAAUGUCGGCAGCAUUUUGCACACCAUUCUCCCGGCCUGGGUUCCGCACUCUCCGGCACGGCGACUGUGGGCUGCACGCGAUCGCAUCCGCGAGAUCUUUGAGCUCCGACUACAAGAGCGAGAGAAGUGCCCGGAGGAAUGGCAUGAUGCUCUGGAUUAUAUAUCCUAUACACUGCGGGACCCGUCGACAGCUCAUCUGAGCAGUUUCUAUGGAGCCCAUCAUACCCUGUUGAUGUUUGCUGCGCACACAAGUACGGUGGCCAGCAUCUCGUGGACCAUCUUAGAGCUUCUCAAAUCUCCCGAACGCUUGCAGACUCUCCGCGACGAGCUAGCAUCCAACCCUAAUAUUGAACAAUCUACCUUCCUAGAUGCCCUAGUCAAGGAGACCGGCCGGCACUAUUCAGGGAACAGCGACGUCCGCUGGGCCCGACAGGCCAAAACCCUUCGCAACGUCUCCAACGCCGUUACCAUCCCGGCCGGCACGGUCGUCUCUAUCUCGCCCUACCUAACGCACCACGAUCCAGAGGUGUGGUCUAACCCGGGGAUAUACAGUCCCGAGAGAUGGAUUGAGCAGCCGGAUCUAGCAAAGAAGUUGAACGACGGCACGCAGCUGCGAUAUAUCCCUUUCGGCGGUGGUAGUCAUCGGUGUCCCGGAGAGAAGAUGGCGACCAUGAUCUCCAAGCUGGUGGUCUCGACAGUUAUUCAGAAUUGUGAAUUGGAUUGGGGACAGGGCGGAGAUUCUCAGGAUACAGCAACGCUGGACUUUUCUAAAGUUGGUAGUCCGUGGUUGAAGGGAGACGUUCAUGUUCGUAUUCAGAAGGCAUCCUCUACGUCUUGA